AUGGCUUGCUACGAUUGCGCUAUCACCGUCUUCUUCUCUGAAGGCCGCCUCUUCCUAGUCCUUGAAGCCGUACUCAAGGGCAACACUGUUGUUGGCGUCUGCGGCACUGACACGAUCAUUCUAGGUGUUGAGAUGAAGUCUACUACCAAUUUGCAAGACUCUCGGACGGUGAAGAAUAUUAUCAACCAAGACAAUCACAUCGCAUUGGCAUGUACAGGGUUGAAGGCGGAUGUGCAUGUCAACAAGGUAAGGAUCGAAUGUCAGAGUCAUCGUCUCACUGUAGAGGAUCCUGGCACCAUUGAGUACAUCACUCAAUACAUCGCCGGAAUGCAACAAAAGUAUAUGUAG